UAUUAUUUUUGGGAUAAUUACAUUAUCGAUAAAACCGGUAAGCCCAAAGUGUUGGCCCAUAUAAUAUCACACCGUCGUCUCUCCUUCACCGCGCAUGAUUCUCCAACUACUACACCUCGAAUCUUCUUAUUAGGGUCACACGAUCUGAAAGCCGAUCACUGCCGUAGAAUAAGUUUUCGUGCUGCGCAGAUUCUCGCUCUCUCACUUGAGCAGAUCUUUCCGGUAAGGGGAAAUCAACAACGUAGAGGGAGCUUCUCUUAUACGUUUAGAACUAGAUUAAGUUUAUUCCAGAGGUUAUGAAGGAAUCUAGGGUUUGUUAAUUGAUCUGGUUCUAGUCCAAAGCUUCCAACUUUGAUAGUAGUUUCAGGUUUUAAGUUGUGUAAGCAAUAAUGGGUACUGAGAAUCAAGGCUAUCCGAGUUUUCCAGCUAGGCCUCCUCCUCCUCCUUCGUCAUCCUCCUCUCCGUUUGCAUCUGCUCCGCCGCCAGGUGGAGCACAGACUGUUGGGUUUAGACCACCUUCUUCCCAACCUACAAGGCCUUUUACCCCCUCUGGUCCUCCUAUGGCUCCUCCACCUGUGGGUGUGAUGAGGCCUGGGCAGUCUCCUUUUGUUUCUCAGAUUCCAGGGAGUAGACCUCCUCCGCCAGCUUACGGAGGCCCUCCUGGUGGUGGUGGUGGUGGUGGUGGUGGCUCUUUUCAACGUUUUCCAGCUCCUCCUCCUCCGUUCCCGGGUAGUCAAAACCCUCCUCUUAGUGGUCCACCAGCUACUCAAACUCUUGCAGGUCACUUAUCGCCUCCCAUGUCUCUCCGCCCACAGCAACCAAUGGGACCUGGAGGGUAUGCUUCUCCUCCUGGUCCUGGUUUUCAACAACCGGUGCCUCCUGGCGUUGGUGGUGGUCCACAGCCAUCUUUUCCUGGUUAUCCCAGCAACCAGGCUCCUCCAAUGUCAUUAUCUCAGGGACCUCGGCCUACAUAUCCUCCUCAGACAGGAGGUUUUGGUCAGCACCCAGGACAGCAGAACCUGCAUCCGAGCUAUGCACCUCCUACCAGCAACGUCCAAGGCUUGGCUGAAGAUUUCAAUUCGCUAUCCCUUUCGAAUAUUCCGGGAUCGCUUGAGCCAGGACUUGAUCCUUCCUCAUUCCCAAGACCAUUGGAUGGUGACGUGGAGCCAAAUUCAUUUGCUGAAAUGUACCCUAUGAAUUGUCAUUCGAGAUAUCUACGGCUGACAACUAGUGCUAUACCAAGUUCCCAGUCUCUGGCGUCGAGGUGGCAUUUACCUCUAGGAGCUGUGGUUUGUCCACUUGCUGAGGCUCCUGAAGGGGAGGAAGUACCACUUGUUGAUUUUGGCUCAAGUGGCAUCAUCCGUUGCAGAAGAUGCCGUACCUAUAUGAAUCCUUAUGUGACUUUUACAGAUUCUGGAAGAAAGUGGCGGUGCAACAUUUGUUCUAUGCUUAAUGAUGUGCCUGGUGAAUACUUUUCACAUUUGGAUGCUACUGGCCGAAGAAUGGACAUGGAUCAACGGCCUGAGCUGACCCAAGGCAGUGUUGAUUUCAUAGCUCCAACAGAGUACAUGGUUCGGCCUCCGAUGCCACCAACAUACUUCUUCCUCAUUGAUGUUUCAUUUUCGGCUACUAAAAGUGGGAUGCUUGAGGUUGCUGCUCAAACGAUUAAGUCUUGUCUUGAUAACUUGCCUGGUUAUCCCAGAACUCAAAUUGGAUUUAUUACUUAUGACAGCACUUUGCAUUUUUACAACCUGAAGUCAUCUCUGAGCCAACCACAAAUGAUGGUGGUUUCUGAUCUGGAUGAUAUAUUUAUCCCAUUGCCGGAUGAUCUCCUUGUCAAUCUAUCUGAAUCUAGAAAUGUGGUGGAAGCCUUUUUAGACGGUCUGCCUCUUAUGUUUCAAGAUAAUGUCAAUGUGGAAUCGGCUUUUGGUCCAGCCGUCAAAGCAGCGUUUAUGGUUAUGAACCAACUUGGUGGCAAGUUGCUAAUUUUCCAGAACUCGUUACCUUCUCUUGGUGCUGGGCGGUUAAAGCUGCGCGGAGAUGAUCCUCGUGUCUAUGGAACUGACAAAGAAUAUGCUUUAAGGGUAGCUGAAGACGCCUUCUAUAAGCAAAUGGCUGCCGAUUGUACCAAGUUCCAGAUUGCAAUUAAUGUUUAUGCAUUCAGUGAUAAGUACACUGACAUUGCCUCCUUAGGGACGCUGGCAAAAUACACUGGUGGACAGGUGUACUACUAUCCAGGCUUCCAAUCAUCCAUCCAUGGAGAUAAGUUAAGACACGAGCUGGCUAGAGACCUUACAAGGGAAACUGCCUGGGAAUCAGUUUUGCGAAUAAGAUGUGGAAAAGGAAUUCGUUGCUCGUCCUACCAUGGGAACUUCAUGCUAAGGUCUGCCGACCUGCUUGCUCUUCCUGCUGUUGACUGUGACAAAGCAUAUGCAGUGCAGCUAGCUCUGGAAGAGACAUUGCUAACAACCCCGACUGUGUAUUUCCAAGUCGCUUUACUAUAUACUGCUUCUUGCGGAGAGAGGCGUAUAAGGGUACACACAGCUAUUGCACCAGUGGUUACAGAUCUCGGAGAGAUGUAUAGACAAGCAGACACUGGCUCCAUUGUCUCUGUAUAUGCUAGAUUAGCAAUUGAGAAAACUUUGUCCGCAAAAUUGGAUGAUGCACGGAAUGCUAUACAGCAAAAGAUUGUUAAAGCUCUCAGAGAAUAUCGUAAUCUUCACUCGGUGCAGCAUCGGUUGGGGUCUAGAUUAAUAUACCCAGAGUCUCUGAAGUUCUUGCCAUUGUACGGAUUGGCCAUUUGUAAGUCCACUCCUCUUCAUGGUGGACCAGCUGAUGCUUCACUCGACGAGCGCUCUGCGGCAGGCUUCACCAUGAUGGCCCUGCCUGUCAAAAAGCUAUUGAAGCUGUUAUAUCCCAGUUUAUUCCGUGUUGACGAGUGGCUCUUAAAGCCAUCGGCAGACCAUGAUGACCUUAAGGACGUAUUAAGGAGAUUGCCUCUGGCUGCAGAGAGUUUGGAUUCUAGAGGCCUUUACAUUUACGAUGAUGGGUUUCGAUUGGUGUUGUGGUUUGGUCGGAUGCUUUCACCUGACAUUGCUAAAUGUCUUCUUGGGGCUGACUUUGCAGCAGAGCUCUCAAGGGUUACACUGCAAGAGCAAGAGAAUGGGAUGUCGAAGAAGCUAAUGAGGCUGAUAAAGAAAGUGAGGGAGAAUGAUCCGUCAUACCAUCCCAUGUGUUUGCUAGUGAGGCAAGGAGAACAACCCCGAGAAGGCUUCCUUCUCCUCAGAAAUCUCAUCGAUGACCAGAUGGGCGGUUCGACUGGUUAUGUUGAUUGGAUGCUGCAACUUCACCGCCAAGUCCAACAAAAUGCGUAAUAGUUCACAAUGAGAACUUGGGAGUGCCAAGAUUGCGCCUCUCUGUAACCAUUAAAGAAACUCCAGAGCUCAAAAUCUUCUUCUUAAGCCGUCUAAGGUGUCACAGGGUUUAAAGAAUGCGGGAUCAUUGCGGUCUGCUUCGUUGGGCCUAAUCUGUUGUUUUGGAAAAUAAAGAAGCACCAGUUUGAUUUUUCUUCAUUUGUUUCCCUAUAUAAUCUUUUUUUUUUUCGCUCAAUGUCCAGGCUUUUAUCUGCUUAACCAUAAUGGUAGAUUAGUCGUUUUUAUUAUUCCUUUGUUACAUUUUUUUUCAAAUUUUCUUGUGCAUUUGUAAUCAGAUUUAUUUUGGUGGAGGGAGUUUACAAUUCAUGAAUCUAUUAACCAGGGAUAUUGACAA